UUCCCAGAUUUGUUAGAGUACAAGGAAAUUGAAGAAUAGAGUUGGAAUUUGGCAUCUAAUUUCAUUCCUUAAUUUUGUACAACAAAACAAAUUUUCUCAAUUGAUUAUUCCAUCCUUUAUGUAUAUCAUGCUGUCACCCAAAAGAAAAAGAGUCACAUAACUAUGUUUGAGUGGAAAUCCAAAACCUAAGAUAUAGGUGAAAUGACCUUUUCAUUUGUUGCAUUUGAUGAUUGAAUGUGGUUAGAUGAUUAUAAAUCUUCCUCUGACGUUUUUCAUAUCUUUAACAUGUGAUUUAUAUGUAGUCAUGAUCAUCAUCGGACGAGCUGUGAUUGGUAUUUUGUGCCUCUUUGCCUAUUUAAUUUACAAGUUUCGACGGAGACACUUAUCAUUAGAUGAUGAUAUUGAAGAAUUCCUACAUAACUACCAAAAUCUUCGACCAAUCAAAUACACAUAUUCAGACAUAAAGAAGAUGACUUAUAAUUUUAAGCAUAAAUUGGGUCAAGGAGGUUUUGGCUCUGUGUACAAAGGAAAACUCCGAAGUGGCCGCAUUGUAGCUGUAAAAAUGUUGGUUAUGUCAAAGGCUAAUGGGCAAGAUUUUAUCAAUGAAGUUGCUACAAUUGGAAGAAUUCAUCAUGUUAAUGUGGUGAGACUUGUUGGAUUUUGCAUACAGAGAUCAAAAUGGGCCCUUAUAUAUGACUACAUGCCCAAUGGAUCUCUUGAUAAGUUUGUUUUUCUUGAUCAAAGCAACAACAUUCCUUUGAGUUGGGAAAGAUUAUACAAGAUUGCACUUGGAGUAGGACGUGGGAUCGAAUACUUACAUCAAGGGUGUGAUAUGCAAAUUCUUCAUUUUGAUAUCAAGCCACACAACAUUCUUCUCGAUGAAGACUUCACACCAAAAGUUUCAGAUUUCGGUCUUGCAAAAUUAUACUCAACAGAUGAAAGUAUUGUAUCAGUCACUGCUGUUACAAAUUGA